GAAAAACUCUCAUGAAAUCACCACUCACGACUUGUUGUUACUAGCAACCGAUAAAAAGAGACAAUCAUGAGCCAACACUGUAAGCUCUCCAAUCAUGACCACUUCUUGCAAUUGGUUAUUCGACGUCUUCCCUAGCUUCAGCGGAGAAGAUGUCCGUAGAACAUUCCUCAGCCACCUUCUCUUAGCAUUCGAUCACAAACUAAUCACUUGUUUCAAAGACAACGAGAUCGAGAGAAGCCAGUCUAUAGGCUUGAAGCUAGUACACGCGAUCAGAGAUUCAAGGAUCGCGAUCGUCGUUUUCUCCAAGACAUACGCCUCUUCCACCUGGUGCUUGAACGAGUUGCUGGAGAUCGUCAGAUGCAAAGAAGACAAAGGGCAAAUGGUGAUUCCUGUGUUCUAUGGUUUAGACCCAUCUCAUGUUAGGAAACAGACAGGCGAGUUCGGAAAGACGUUUCAAAUGAUUUGCAAGAACAGAUCAGAUGAGUUGCCGGUUCGGUGGAAAGGAGCUUUGACACUUGUAGCAAAUAUCCAUGGAUAUCACUCCAACAACUGGAGUAACGAAGCACAUCUAAUUGAAGACAUCACCAACGAUGUUUUGGGUAGACUUGUUGGUUUAACACCAUCAAUGGAGUUUGCUGACUUUGCUGGAAUCGAAGAUCAUAUGGCUAAGAUGAGUUCAUUGUUGCAGUUGGAAUCAGAGGAAGUGAGGAUGGUUGGGAUAUGGGGUCCCGUUGGGAUUGGGAAGACUACCAUUGCAAGAGCUCUGUUCUGUCGAAUCUCUCGUCACUUCCAAAGUUGCAUUUUCAUAGACAGGGCUUUUGUAACAAAGACUAUGGAAAUCUUCAAGACAGCUAAUCCAGACGACUACAACAUGAAGUUGCGUUUGCAAGAAUGUUUCCUGUCUGAGAUUUUAAACAAAAACGACAUAAAGAUACAUCAUUUGGGCGUGGUUGGAGAGAGGCUAAAGCACAAGAGAGUUCUUGUAGUACUUGAUGAUUUGAGUGAUCAAGUAGUGCUAGAUUCCUUGGUUGGUGGAACUCAAUGGUUUGGAUGUGGGAGUAGAAUUCUUGUCAUUACAAAAGACAAGCAUGUUCUGAGAGCUCAUGGGAUUGAUCUUAUAUAUGAGGUUGGACUCCCAUCUGAUGAUCUAGCUCUAGAUAUGUUUUGCACGUAUGCUUUCAGGGAGAACUCCCAACGCGAUGGAUUUAACGAGCUUGCUUUUGAAGUGGCCAAAUUUGCUGGUAAUCUUCCUUUGGCUCUUAACGUUUUGGGGUUGUACUUGAGAGGGAGGGACAAAGAGGAUUGGUUGGAUAUGUUGCCUAGGCUUCGGAAAGGACCAGAAGGGAAAAUCGAGAAAGCACUCAGAGUUAGCUAUGAUGGGUUAGGUAGCAGAGAAGAUAAAGCACUGUUUGUUCACAUUGCAUGUCUUUUCAAUGGUAUGGAGACCAAUGACAUCAAGAUGUUACUUGCGGAUAGUGGCUUGGGUGUUAAUAUCGGGGUUAAAAACUUAAUCGAUAACUCGCUCAUACAUGAGAGCGGGAGAUGUGUGCAUGUACAUUGUUUGGUACAAGAAAUGGUCAAGGGAAUCGUCCGUACACAGUCCAACAAGCCUAGAGAAAGGGAGUUCUUGGUGGAUUCUAAGGAUGUUUGUGAUCUAUUUAAUGAUAACUCUGGUAGUAAAAAGGUGUUGGGUAUAUCAUUGAAUCUAGAAGACUUGUAUGAACUGUUACGCAUAGAUAAGAAGGCCUUUAGGAGAUUACGUAAUCUCCGUUUCUUGAGAAUAUACAAGGACUCACUGGACUUGCCUAAACAAGUGAGAUUACAUUUACCAGGAGGUCUCAAUUAUUUGUCCCCUAAGCUCAAGUUGCUUUGUUGGGAUGAAUAUCCACUGCCACGUUUGCCUUCGAGCUUUCGUGCUGAACAUCUUAUUGUGCUCAGAAUGCGGAACAGCAAGCUCGAGACACUGUGGGAAGAAUUUGAGUCAUCUACAGGCCUUGAGGAUAUGGAGGGAGUUCCUCAUUAUGUUCUGAUGCGCAAUGAAUUAUUUAUGAAUGGCUGUGAAGAGCUGCAAACAGUUCUUCCUACCGGGAUCAAUCUGGAAUCUCUGUAUCGGCUUGAUCUUAGUGGAUCCUCAAGGUUUAGGACUUUUCCUUACAUCUCAACCAACAUCUCAUUUCUUAUUCUAAACCAAACCGCUAUCAAAGAAGUUCCUUGGUGGAUCGAGAACUUCUCUAGGCUUGUAUGCUUAGAGAUGUCGGAAUGCAAAACGUUAAACUAUAUAUCCCCAAACAUUUCAAAACUGAAACUGCUUGAGAAGGUUGACUUUUCAAACUGUGGGGCAUUGACUGAUGCUACCUGGCUUGACCGUCCAAAUGCUACUCACACUAAGUUACCAGCGGUCAGUUUCAUCAACUGCUUCAAAUUAGAUCAAGAAGCUCUCAUUCAACAAUCAGUUUUCAAGUACCUGAUCUUACCAGGUGGAAAAGUGCCUUCAUAUUUCACCAACCAAGCUACCGGAAGCGCUCUGGUCAUUCGUCAACUUCAGAGCUCUCUCUCUCAAGAGCUCUUGCGGUUUAGGGCAUGCCUUGUGGUUGACGCCAACGAGUUUCAACCCAUAACCUCUAGCUGGAUUAUAAGUUGUCACUCCACAGGAAAAGACAGGAGCUCCUUUGGUUCCUCUGAUUGUCACCUUGACAUAGAUUUUCCGCGUCAGAUGGAUAAUCAUCUGGUUAUCUUCGACUGUUGUUUCCCUCUAAACAAAGACAAUGAUUCUCUAGCUGAGCUGAACUACGGUCGAGUGGAUAUAGAGAUUAACUUCACUAGUGACUCUCGUUGCAAAAUCAAAGGAUGUGGUGUACGACGACUCUCUGAGGUUUGUUCAUAUUCGGACAAAAAACUUAGUAAUGUUUGUGAAGCUGAUAAAAGCAACAUGGUUACUGAUGAAGAGUUUGGAGAGAGCAGUGCAGAGGCAAGGAGAAGUAGGAAGCGUCUACGGGUAACGGGGAAGACCAUUAAAGAAAGUACGGACUUGAGCUGCAGCCAAACCGUAGAGGAACACUGGAUGUAUGUUUGAAUCUUUGAUUGCUAAUCUUGGAGCACCUAUUAGGUCUAGAGGUUAGACUUCUUCGACGGCAAGGUACCCUUUAGAUGGAUGAGGUGUUUAUCUAUUCUUAUGGAACAUCUAGAGAGCGCGAGGAUGAGCACUGGUUCUUCAUUGUGUUCCAAGCUGGUCACGCAAAAUACUCAAGGUUUUGGAACUAAUCGAAACAAGCCAACAGAUAUUGAGUACAUUCCAUAAUAGCCAUAUGGGGCGCUAAGGCAUUACUUGCUAGCUGUGCCACCAAGCUGUCUUUUGUUUAGUGCUUUUGACUGAGGCGAAGCAGCCAGUUUACACGGCGAUUUCUGUGAAUAAGUAGGCUUUACAUAAUUUCAGAAAAACGUCUUGUUUCAGACAAAAUGAAGCAUGUUUUUUAAUUAUGUAUUAGCUUUCCUGAUCCAAACUGAGAUUGUGUAUUGUCAGUGGAUCAUAAAUUUUCUAGAUUUUUGAUUGGUGGGAUUGUAUCUGUUUCACUCAGGCUAAGUUGAACAGAGAACU